CGCCCCUGGUGACGUCCCGCGCUCAGCUGUGCGGUAAACAGCGGCGGCGAGCGGCUGCGGAUUGAUGCCGACCCCACCGCGGGGACGGACGGCCAGCGUCAGGAGGCGACAUGCCCGCUGCUGCUCCUCCUCCUCGCCCGUUCGUCCUUAGACCCUCUGACACCCACAUCUUCACCACCUCCACCCUGCGGCACUGAUGAAGCCUCCUCUGUCGAACCCACAGCGGGCCGAAGGGCGGAUAGAGGAGAGAGAGGAUGUACUGGCGCGUCGGCUUCGCCUGGAGCCGCUCCUGCGCGCUUGAACUGGGCCGGAACAAGAGCUUCUCGCUCGCCCUGUGCAGCUCCGAGGAGCAUCUCUCGUUGUAUGGGUACAUCAUCGCCUACCCGCUGCAGGAGUACGGAGGGAUCAUGUCGGCGUUAGGAUUCGACUCCUGGUGGAGGAAAACGCUCUACAUCACCGGUGGGGCGCUGCUCGCCGCCGCUGCCUAUUUACUACACGAGCUGCUUGUCAUUAGGAAGGAACAGGAGUUGGACUCUGAAGACGCCAUCAUUCUGCAUCAGUUUGCCCGGCCUAAAACUGGAGUCCCUAGCCUGUCCCCCUUUUGUUUGAAGAUCGAAACGUACCUGCGGAUGGCGGACCUGCCCUACCAGAACUACUUCGAUGGGAAGUUGUCUCCUCAAGGGAAGAUGCCGUGGAUCGCGUAUAAUAAGGAGCAGGUGUGCGGGACAGAGUUCAUCAUCGACUUCCUGGAGGAGAAGCUCGGCGUGAACCUCAACUCUGGCCUGAGUCCUCAGGAGAAAGCCAUCUCACGUGCCAUCACCAAAAUGGUGGAGGAACACUUCUACUGGACGAUAGCAUACUGUCAAUGGGUGGACAACGUAGAGGAAACGCAGAAGAUGUUAGCCACAAACGGGCCGCUGAGUGACCUGCUCAGGUGGAUCUUGAGUCAGGUGACCGGCAGCAUCGUGAAGAGAGAGAUGUACGGCCACGGGAUCGGACGCUUCUCUAAAGAGGAAGUUUACUCUCUGAUGGAGAAAGAUAUGCGCACACUUGCCACAUUCCUAGGCAAUAAAAAGUAUCUAAUGGGCCCGAAGCUCUCCACAGUAGAUGCUGCAGUAUUUGGUCAUCUCGCUCAGGCCAUGUGGUCUCUCCCAGGAACGCGUCCGGAGCAGUUGAUCAAAGGCGAGUUUAUCAACCUGGCCAUGUACUGUGAGCGAAUCCGCCGGAAAUUCUGGCCGGAGUGGUUUGUGGACGUCGACGACCUGUACUACGACGGACUAAGCGAGGAGCCGGAUUCUCCUUCCCAACUUCCCGAUUUGGGUCUGUAUUCGCGCAGCGGCAGCUUCCAGGAGCAGGAAAGCACUCUGUCCCACCAUGACACGCCGUCGCCGGACAGCGACGUCACCGGACGCUCCCUGUUCGACUCUGACAUGGACACUGAAUGCUCAGAAAUGGAGCAGUUGAAGUGAAAACCACACCCCCUUGAUGAUGCAUCUGCACGGGCCCCGCCCCCUUUGUUCUCCCACAAGCCCUUUAGCAGGGGAAGGGUUGUUCAAAUAAAGAUGUGGUGACGUGGCAGCGGUUUUCCCGGACUCUCAGCAGAGGGAUGGCAAUAAAGCCGACGGGAGAGGUAGUCUGACACUUUUUAAUUAAUGAAUACAGAGGAUUUUAUUAAAUGAGGGAAGCCCAGAUCAUAGAGAAUCCAGAGAGUAAAAAAGAGUGAGAAAGGAGUGAAUGACGUUUCCGCUGAAUCACUCCUCCUGCCGUGUGCGCUUGAAAUCAGCAGAAUGACAUCAUCACAUGUGACCACUUCCCAUUCACCGUGCGUGUUUGUAGCUAAACAACAUUUCUUACAUCCUGGGGUUUAAUAUUUUACGGGUAGACAGAUAGGAAGAAGGAUUUUGGGUGAUGAUUAAAAUGUGUAGAUACUUAUUGAGUGAAAUGCCUUGAUGGCACAGUAUUUCAUAGUCCAUCUAAAAUUCAUGUCCAGUUUUAUUGAGUCAAAUCUACAAAUAUGCAAAGCGAGAAAACUGAUGGAUGAUUAGCGUGAAAAUAUUAAUCUAACGUUUUUAUUUUCUCAAUCUCUAACUAUUGCAGUGAGCAGAGUUCCCAAAUUGAUGAUCUUGCCAUUUUAAAUUUUUAUGGCCAAUAAUGGAAUGCAUUAAUGAAUAAUUCACCCAAAAAUUAAACUUCUGUAAUUUAAUCAUCCUUUUAUCAUUCCUAGCCUAUAUGACUUCAUUUAUUCCGUAGAACAUUAAACUUUUGAACAGAGUUUAUGCAUUUUUUUUCAGACAAUAAAUGUACACAGUGACUAGAGACUGUCAAGAUCUAAAUAUAUAUGUAUAUAUAUAUAUAUAUUAAAAUAUAUAUAAUAUUAUGUGAGGAACAGAUGUAAAACUUUUUUUGGAACAUUUUUGAAAAAAUCGAAAUUGCAUAUGCAUAAUAUUUUUUUUCACUAUCACAUUUGAUACUGGCUUUUAUGGCUCAUAUAAUAUGAUAUACGAAAAUAUGGAGCUCAGUUUUAUUCAGGAAUAAAAACUAUUUACAUAAAAUGCAUAUUUAUUGCUCUAGCCUGAUGUAUCAUAUUUGAUACUCACAAUUUAACAUGAUUUUUCUGAAAAAAUUAUGUAUGGAUAAUCAAGUAAACCUAAGUUGCAUCAGUCCAGAAUAUAAAAGUUAUUUUUAUGCUUACUUAAUAAAAAUCAGUCACAGCAAAAAGACAUGUGAAUCACAACAUAUUAAAAAGAUACUAAAAGGCCUUUUACAUGCUAAAAAGUCUGAAUUAUCAGUCAGAUGACAGAAGGCAUGUAGUAGAUUGUGUACAACAGGUUUUUUUUAGUAAAGUUUUGAUCAUGUUCAUUUAGAGCCGUAUUUAAAGGGAUAGUUCACCCAAAAAUGAAAAUUCGGUCAUUAAUUUGGUCAGAAAGCUCUUGGAUUUGAUCAGAAAUAGGUUUUACGAGUUUAGAAUGACAUGAGGGUGAAUAAUUAAUGACAGAAUUUUUAUUUUUGGGUGAACUAUUCCUUUACCUUUGAAGGUUUAACGUCAGUCAUAUUGCAUGUUUCAUCACUUCUUCCCUGCAUGUUUAAAUAUUGACCCAUUAUUAUUAGAUUUUGGGUGAAUUAUUCAUACAGGAGCAAAUAUGGUGAAAAAAUAGACAAAUAUGGUAAUUUAAUUGUUUGUGGUUCUAUCUACAAUCAAUAUAGUCUGCAAUGCAGAUUCUGAAUUAGCUGAAUGCAGCCACACUGUUGAAAUCUAUACCAUGCGUGACUCAUACGUGUGCAGCUGUUAUAUAUGCUAAAUGUGUAGGUAAAAACAUCACUUGUGUUUGUCAAACAGCAAACACUACAGAUUGUGAUCUGUGAUUGUGCAAUAGCGCCUCCUGUGGGCUGCAUCCUUAUUUACUACGACAGAAAGACACUGGACCAGAAUAGAAACAGAAUACUCUGGUAAUGCAGCAGUGUUACUCAAAUGCAGCCAUUACAGAAGGAGAUGCAUAACACAAUACAGAUGGAGACAGACAGCUGAUGUGUGUGUGUGUGUGUGUCCAUCUGCUGCAUGACUGAGUCACUGAGUCAUCGUCACACAUGAACACACUCGCAGGAAUGAUCUCCCAUGGGUUGAUGCACAAAGAAUGACACAUGCAGGACAGGAGACUUAUGUUUUUUCUGUUCCGUACUGAGAUAUAAUCUGUAUCUUGCUGUGCCGUACAAACUUCCUUCCUGUUACCACAUGCCCUUUUAAUGUCUUGAACGUAAUCUUGCAUUAAGAUGCUGUCUAUGUGAAGCACUUAUAAAAAAGAAUAGGAAGCAUCUCACCAUUUUUACGCCCUUCAAAUGCAACGUUAUUAGGAAAUAUGUAGGACAAAACGGUUUUAUAUAAACAUCAGGUUAAUGAACUGGUGCUUUAUUAGAAAUAAAAGGUUUGCAUGCCAGUGUUUAAAAGUGCCAAAGACUUAAAGGAACAGUUCGGCCAAAAAUGAAAAUUUGCUUAGGUUUUACCUUCAGGCCAUCCAAACGUAGAAGUCAGUUCGGAUUUUUUUAAUAGAAACAGAUUUGGAGAAAUUUUGCAUCACUUGCUCACCAAUGGAUCCUUUGCAGUGAAUAGGUGCCGUCAGAAUGGGAGUCCAAACAGCUGAUAAAAGCAUCACAAUUAAUCCACAAAACUCCAGUCCAUUAGUUAACAUUUGGUGAAGUUGGAAAAAGCAAUAUAAUGGCUUAAGAUCUCAUAUGUUAGCUCGAAGCAAUGAAAAUUUGAAGUUACAUCUUUUCACUCAUUCUGACGGCACCCAUUCACUUCAGAGGAUCCAUUAAUGAGCAAAUGCCGUAAUGCUAAAUUUCUCUAAAUCUGUUCUGAUGAAGAAACUCAUCUACAUCUUGAACAGUCUGAGGGUGAGUAAAUUUUCAGCAAAUGAUCAUUUUUGGGUGAACUUUUCCUUUAAAGUAAGAUCAUAUUGGCAGACAGUCUGAGUAAAACCAUUACAUAUAUAUAUCUUUCUUAAGAUGUUUGUUUGUUUGCUUGCUUGUUUGAAUUGUUGUUGAUUUACAACUGUGCCUGAUUCUAAAAACAAACAAUUAUUUAUAUUUUUUAUGUUUUCUGUGUAUGUGUUAUUCCUGGACAACUUGACCUUUUUUAUUUAUCGCUUGUGAUUUAAUUUAUAUUUUUAAAGUAUUGCAAAAGACUUUCGAUGAGUUUUCUAUUUUUUCAUGAAUAUCUGUAGUUGUUUUAGGUUCUUUGAGAGCUGUUUGUUUUACAUGCUGUUUGUUUGAUUAUAUCGAAUGAAUUUCAGACGACGCUCACUAGGCCAGAAUCUAAGGCUUGUCUUCAAAAACUCACUACAAGCGUUACAGGCUAUUACAAAUGAAUUUUUAAUGGUUUCUUGUUGAGCUUUACUUUCUAGUCAUUUUAUCAUCCGUACAUGACAAUCUUGUAGUUAUUAUCUUCAUAAGACAUACAGCCCCACUCAUAUCCCAGAGGUGAUGGAAAUAUGGCAACCCAAAGACGGAAUAAUUGAAAGGCAAUGGUAAAAGUUUCCUAACAAGUGUGUGUGUGCUGAUUUUAGAGCCAUAUUACAGAGUCUGUGUUGUGUGUAUCAUGACCCUGUUGGAUUUAUUACGGGCUAUACAUAAUAUUGGGGAGGGAGGGUUGUGUACAUGAACUAAUGAUCACUGUAACAUAAGGAACCAAACUUGUCUGGCGAAUGUGUUAAAGAUAUAUUGAAAAUAUUUCAUGAAAUAUAGCUGUAUUAAAUGAACUGCUCCUG